AUGUCUAGAGUACUCCCCUUUGCUCGGAAGACAGCCGUCGCAAUCGCUGUUAUUGGUGUGGUUGGACUAUGCGCUGCUCGAAAAGCCUCGUUCCGCAAUGAAGCAUUUGCAGAGUCCCCAAAGCUCUGUGGGGAUCAUGUUGGCCCUAUAUUUCGCCCUGGUGGGAGAAUGGGGUUUCACACCCUGCGUUUGGAGAGUUCCCAACAAUUAAAUGAGAACACCAAGCGCCUGCGCUUUCAACUACCAGACCCAGCCUCGAACGCUGGCCUCUGCUUGGCCUCAUUUAUCCUCACGUUUCAUAAGCCAAAGGACGCAUGGUUCCCUGUAAUUAGGCCCUACACCCCAAUUAACAACUUUGAUGAGCCAGGGUACGUUGAGCUCCUGGUCAAAAAAUACCCCAACGGCAGGGCAAGCGCAUACUUGCACUCUCUGCAACUGGGUGACACGCUAAACAUCCGUGGACCUAUGCAGAGUUACAAAUGGAGAACCAACGAGUUCGACCAUAUCAAUCUCAUUGCUGGAGGUGCUGGCAUCACUCCCAUGUAUCAGCUGAUCCAAGGAAUAUUGAACAACCCCGACGACAGAAGCAAGAUCAAAUUGAUUUUCGGAGUCAACACGGACAAGGAUCUGGUCUUGAAGAAAGAACUUGAUGCAUUUGAGCAGAAGUUUCCUGGUCGUCUCCAAGUCGUCUAUAGAGUCUCAGACCCUGUUGAGGGUUCUCCGUUCACCAAGGGCAGGGUUGACAAGGAGUUAUUGGAGAAGGAGUUGCUGGGUCCGAAAGAUAGUAAGACUACUAAGAUCUUCCUGUGUGGGCCUCCCGCUAUGGAGGCAGCAAUUUUCGGAAGUAAGGGGUGGACUUCCAGCCAGAAGGGAGUCCUGGAAGAACUCGGUUAUGCUGCGGACCGGAUUCACAAGUUCUAG